UAUGUGAAAUUAAUCGACCGUUAUAUUUUAUUACUAAAGAGGAAAAUAGAAUAUAUUUUUAAGAAAAUAAGAACUUGUGCAUAAUUGGAGGAGGAUAAGCAAUCGAGAUAAAGGAUGAGAAAGGUACAUCGGGUUGUCGGCGCAAUCGCAAAUAUCGGUUGCAUCGCGAGGCGCCACUGCACCCUGAUUUUAGCUUUUUCGUUUCCUCGAUCCAGGACUAGCUUUUAGUAUUUGGAACGCUGUCGGAACGCGUUGUUCUCGAAUCUAUUCCUUUGUCGUGCCUCGAAUGAUCGAGCGUGAACGCGUUAUCGUACGAUUAUAAAACAAUAUUAAACGUUGUACCUUCUUUCAUUUAUACGAAUAAACGCGUCGUUAUUUUCCAAAUAAAAUAAAAAAUUAUAUCGCGCUAUAAGUUUAUUUCUAUUAAAGUGGUUCAGUUAGAAAUCUAUUACGUUAUCUAACAAAUAUUAACAGACAUAUAAAAUUGUAGUUAUGGUUGUCUUACGGUUAGAUUAACUUUUUUUUCACCGGAAGUUUCGUGGGUGAUCGUUUGGUUUACAUGAAAAUUCAGAGAGUACUUUUCGGAAGACGAAGGAUGGGAAGCGUUAACGAUCAAGGGACGAUCGUGGAAUCGUUAACGAUUGUCGACGAUUUCUCAGAUUUUUGGGGGAACCGAAAACACAACGAGUAAAAAUGAAAGCGUCUUGUAUAUAAAAACAAUGGCACCGUUCCAUGGUAUGGCCCUUAUACUGCUUGGAAUCGGAUACCUGUUACACGCAGAAACUCCUUCUAGUCACAGGAACUUAGCGGUGCAACGAGUCGACGAUGAGAAACCCGAUAAAGGGGAACGUUCGCAACGAGGGACGAAGAGGACGUAUUUUUAUAUAGAUUCGCCACAAAAAGUGACCGCCGUUGUUGGACAAACUGUUGUGCUGUUGUGUCGUGUUAAGAAUUUGGGCAACAGAACCGUGUCUUGGAUUCGAAAAAGGGACUUACACAUCUUGACGUCCAUGACGGUGACUUACACGAGUGACGCAAGAUUUACGAUAGUCGACAAUCCGGAGCACGGCGACUGGAAUCUGCGAAUAGAUUACGUGCAACCACGGGACGCCGGCGUUUACGAGUGUCAAGUUAAUACAGAACCGAAGAUUUAUAGGGCGGUUACUUUGAAAGUUUUAGACGUACAGGCGAAGAUCACAGGCCCAGAAGAAGUGUACGUGAAGAAAGGUAGCACGAUUAGUCUGACUUGCAUCGUGGAUAUGCAAGAUAUUCCUCCGAGCAACGUGACUUGGUACCAUGCCGGUGCUCUGAUCGAUUUCGAUGGUCCAAGGGGUGGCGUUUCUUUAGAAACCGAGAAAGGUAAGAACAGUACCACCAGCAAAUUGCUAAUCACCCGUGCCAUGUUCAACGACAGCGGAAAUUACACGUGCGUCUCGAGCAAGGUUGCCCCGGCGAGCGUGAUGGUUCACGUGUUGAACGGCGAACAUCCCGCGGCGAUGCAACACGGUGGCACUGGCAACAUCAACAGGAGAGCGAUUUUGUUCAGUUUACUACUCCUGAUGAACACGAUACUUCGGUGAGCGGCCAGCGUUUCUUCGUGCUUUCGCGAAGACAACGCACCGUGUUAUCGUUCCCACAGCCGAGUGGAGUUUUUACGCAUCUGAAUUUUCUAUGAAUGGAUGAAACUUGCUUUUCAAAUAUUUUAUUAACGAAAAAACGAACUGUUGCUAUAUACCCUACAAGGUGUAAGAAAUUUCGAUGUGUUUUCGUCUUACUGCCAAAAUUGACUGUAACAUUUCUGUAAAAGAAUAAA